CUUAUUCCUGCACCAGGAGAAAAUACACUAAGGGAAGUCCCAUUUUCCAAUGCUUUCACCUAGAAAAUCUCUUCCUGGCACACAGGGAGCUGGUAUUUAUUCCUCAAGUGCUCAGGCUGGAUAGGGAAUGGUCAAAAUAUGAGAAGUAAUUUCAUUUUCUCAGGAAUUAUCAGGAAAAUAAUGGAAUUCCAUGUGUCAGUGGGUUGACAAGAACUAGGAGGAAGCGUUGAAACUUAUUUAUGAUUUAUUUAUUUUGGUACGGUAUUUCCCUUCUUAGACUUGAAUAUGCCCCUGCUUCCCCUGGAAAGGGAUAGUGGUGCCAGGAACUUGUGUUUUUUCUCUUUCAAGAAGAAUUUACCUUUUAUUGACUGAAGGUUUUGUAACUGCUUGACAAAAAAUUAACAUUCUUAUCAUUAUCAAUGGAUUUAUGUGCAUUAAACACUUCAAUCUAAAGACAGAAAGCAGCUGAACUGCUCAUAUAAAAUGUUCAGUAUGACUGGAGAAAAUGAGAUGUUUGCAUCUGAAUUUAUUUUCCUGGGCUUCACCACCCAAGCAGAUCUGCAGGUGAUGUUUUUUGUCUUGUUCCUUGCCCUCUACGUGGUCACUGUCCUAGGAAGUCUGGGAGAUCGUGUCGAUCCGCGCCUCCGCACCCCCAUGUACUUCUUCCCGAGCCACUUGUCCCUGCUGGACAUCUGCUGCUCCUGCAUCAUCCCCCGGAGCCUGAGGGAUUUUUUGGUGAUUUCCUUCAUGAGGGGCAUCACCCAGCUCUUCUCCUUCGCCACCUGGGCCACCAGCGAGUGCCACGUGCCGGCCGCCAUGGCCUACGACCGCUACAUGGCCACCUGCAGGCCCCGGCGCUACUCCGUGCUCACAUCCCAGAGGAUUUGCAUUGGGGUGUUGGCCGGAGUGCUCAGCUCCACUCUCCACACCAUUUCCAUGUUCCACGUCCCAUUCUGUCACUCCCAGGCCAUCGAGCACUUCGUUUGUGACAGGCCUGCGCUGCUGGCCCUGUCCUGCUCCGACACCCGCGCCAGCGAGGCCGUGGUGGGGCUCAAUGUGCUGAGCACCACGGCCUCCAGGUUCAUCCUGGUGUCCUCCCUGUCCGUCCUGGCUGCCGUCCUGCGGAUGACCUCAUCCACCUGCGCCUCCCACCUGGCCUCUGUCGCUCUGUCCCACGGCAGCUCCACCCUCACUGCGCCCGUCUCCAGCUGCUCCCUGGAGCAGGACAAGCUCAUCUCCCUGGGGUUUUCCGUCACUGUCCCCGUGCCGAGCCCGUUCCUCUAUGGCCUCAGGAACACAGACUUGAGGAAUGUCAUGAGGAGAACAGAAAGUCGGAUCCUCACUGCCCGGUCCAUCCAUGGCUCCUGGUCAGCUGAAAGGAGAGGACAACCCUGCUGCGAUGAGGCGUGUUAGAUUUUGGACCCUCAGGAAGAGAGGUUGGAUAUCAGGACCCUCAGGAUCCCAGGGUCGCAGUCCAGACUCAUCUUCCAGGCCGUUGGUGCCAUGGUGUCCCUGCAGCAGCACUGCAGGGAAGGGAGGAGACAUCUCCUGGCAUUGUCUGGAGCGCAGGAACCGAGGGGGAAUGUGGCAGAGCAGAGCCAGGGUCGGAGAUGUCCCAUCCUCAGGGACACUCCCUGUGCUGCAGGACAGGAACUGGAGAUUCCAACCCUUCAGGGAGCUGCCCUGCCCUCCCUUGAUAUUCCCCACUUUUUUGAGGGAAUGUCCAUGUGGAAAGGGCUUUUAUGGAAGCACCAAGCUGCUGGCCAAGGCACUUGGACUCAUUUUGUGCCUGCUCCAGGAGAGAAAAAAAAGGGAGUCGAGGGGGUGAUGGUGUCAUUGGGACACCCCAAGGUCUGUGGAGGAGGAGCCAGGUGAGUGAGGGAUGAGGGGGGUCAGGAGAGGUCCUCCUAAAACCCAAGGGAGGCUACAGCCCAAAAAAUGCCAGAAAAUUAUUGAGGGGUUUGUGUGCGAAAUACUUAAAACUGCAAAGAUUCUAAUUUUCUAUAUAUUGAGAAACAAUCUUGAUUUAUAUAUAAAUUGAUUUUAAAAUAAGCCCGUGUCCCUGCUGUGUUAUAGUCAGGAUUUUAGACUGUAAGAAAUUCUGAAUAUGGAUCUGUAGGGUUUGAAAAUACAAAUAAAACGUUUGUGUACAUAAAUGAAAAAAUAAAGGAGCGAAGAGGUAAGACAAAAUGGUCUGUGAGAAGGACCUAGAAACAGCUCUGUGUACGCGGGGUUCUUUCUCCCUGCUCCCGCUGGAACACCCGCAAUCCGGGAUCUGGGAUUCACCGAAAUUGAGAUUUAUUGCGCCCCGAAAACCUCUGCGCAUGCGCGGUGGCCGAUACACCCUCAGUGCUGCCGCCUUGUGGACACGCUCGGUACUGCAGCUCCGAGCGCUCCGGGCCCUUCCCGCGGCUCCGCCGGCACCGGGAGCGGGACAUGGAGCUGGAGCGGGACCGGGACAACGACGGGCACUGGCCGUGCGAGGCCGCGGGGCUCUCGGCCGGGGCCGCUCCCGGCAGGAACCGCGGCCGCUGAGCCGGGAGCGCAGGCGCGGAGCCGGGAGCGGCCAUGGCGGAGCCGGGAGCGGCGGGGCCGGGCUCGGAGGAUGAGGGAGCCAGCCCUGCCAGGAGGAAGAGGAGGAGGUGUGGGAGGAUGGAGACAGCGGCCACCAAAGGCUGGGGAAGGCACAGGUCCAGGUGGGAGAUGCUGCCUUCCACGGAACUGUCACUCCCAGCUGGAGCACCUGUGCUCACCUGGAUCAAUGGCACAGGCAGGAGAGGCUUGUUCUGAGCCAGGGUUUCAUUGGAGGGCUCUCAGCUCCUUGGGAAUUGCUUACAGAGCCUGUUGGAGUGCUGGCUGGAUUUGGGAGCCAAGUAUCCUGGAGCUGUGAGGCUUUUCCUGUCAGAAAUCCAUGGUGGGGAUGUUUUCCCUGGCUGUCCCAAGUGGAACAGCUUUGGAGUUGUUGCAGCCACAGGCUGGGGAUGCAUCCCCUGAAAACCAGUUCAGGAUUGUUCAUCUGGCUCUGCCUCUGACCUGUGACUUCCAGGGACCCUCCUGAUAUCCUGGGUAUUCCCAGGAGAGGAUAUUCCACCACCUGCCUGUUGAGCCAGGAAUUCCAGACCCACAAAGAAGAUCCCAAAGUGCCUCCUCACCCAUGGACAGCAGGAAUGUCUUCCAUAGCUCCUGCUGAGGAAUGGCAGAGGCUGCUGGGAGCUCUGGCAGGAGCACCUGGACACCAGCAGGGAAACAUGUAAACAAGAGGAGCCAAAAAGAACUGGAGCUUCUGCACAAUGAAAUCUGCAAGAAUCCAACUUCAAAUCCCCCUGGAUUGUCACUGGUCCAACUUCCAUGGACUGGUCACCGUGGCCAGGAGUGUCCAGUCCUGCUGGAAUGCACUGGACCAGGAGCUCAUUUUCAUUUUGUGCUGGUAAAGACCCUCUGGGUGACCCCCAGUGACUGGAAGGGCCAGACUGGGCUCCCAGGGCACUAAUUCCAGGGGUUCUGUUUUUGGGAACAGCACAGGAGCCGUUCCCUUGCCCAGAGGAGCAGCCAGUGCCUGCCUUGGUCCACAGAUCCCCAGGACUGACCACAGAGGAAAUGACAGGAAUGUGGAAAUCCCCCACAGUGGAGUUUGUGGUGCUCUGGAUGACAUCUUGGAUUUUUAAUGUUAAAGGGGGGCUGUGGAAUGACUUCUCUCCUUUUUAUUGUCAUUGUUCUCACUGCUCGUGUUGCUCUCACUGAUACUGUGUGUUGUCAUUAAUAUUAAAUGAUUGUAUUUGACUGGUUUCCAUUAUUAAACUGUUCUGAGCUGGU